GAUCGGCGAUUUUGUCAUUUUCUUAUAAAUACGAAACCCUAACCUGAAGUCUUAUUUGUUAUCUCUCUCUCUCUCUCUCCCUGUAAUUCGGCACUCAUCCGCCAUGGGUAUCGACUUGAUUGCCGGCGGAAAGAGCAAGAAAACUAAGCGCACCGCUCCGAAAUCGGAUGAUGUUUAUCUGAGACUCCUUGUCAAGUUGUACAGGUUUUUAGUAAGAAGAACAGGGAGCCACUUCAAUGCCGUCAUUUUGAAGCGCCUGUUUAUGAGCAAGACCAACAGGCCGCCAUUGUCCCUCAGGAGACUGAUCCAUUUCAUGAGUGGAAAGGAGGACAAGAUUGCUGUUAUUGUUGGAACCGUCACAGACGACACUAGAGUCUAUGAGGUGCCGGCAUUGAAGGUAACUGCCUUGAGGUUCACGGAGAGGGCAAGGGCAAGGAUCGAGAAAGCCGGGGGUGAAUGCCUGACUUUUGAUCAGCUCGCUCUCAGGGCUCCUCUAGGCGGGAACACGGUUCUGCUUAGGGGUCCGAAGAAUGCCAGGGAGGCCCACAAGCACUUUGGGAGAGCUCCUGGUGUGCCUCACAGCCACACCAAACCUUAUGUGCGCUCAAAGGGUAGGAAAUUUGAGAAGGCAAGAGGUAGAAGAAACAGCAGGGGCUUUAAGGUCUGAGAGCUUACCUGCUGGAGUUGUCUUGUUGCUGGGAUUUGCUUUAGGAUAUCGAAGGCAGUGUUCUUUUAUGAAAAUUUUACUUUACUUUUUGUGGCUACGAAACUAUUUAUGAGAAUGAGCAAAAACCAUAAUUGGGAUUUUUGGACUGGAAAGAUAUGUAUCUGGUUAUUUGAUUUUA